UGAGCGACUUCCACAGCAUGCUGCCUGGGAGAGCGGCUGAUGACCGCCACUGCGUCCUGACGAGCCGCUGGCUGCCCGCAGCUCUGGCGCUGCUCCUCCUCCUCUCCUCCAGCUUCAGCAGCGCGCACAGCACCACGGUGGAGCACGACUUUCACAUUGUUCACAAUGUCGACAACAGAAGUCCAGAGAUAGACCCGUUCUGGUACGUGGGACGCGGGGUGAGACCCAUCGGGCGCUUCGGGAAGAGGCACAGCAGCGUGGAGGCGCUGGGCGGCGGCAGCAGCAGCAGUGGAGGGAUGCAGCCUGUGGUCCGGACGCUGGAGCUGCUCCUCAACAGUCUCAGAAACAAGGAGAACCUCGAGAAAGUGCUGGAUGGGGAAGACAGGGAUUGGUUACCAUGACAGCGUGUCCUCCUCCCUCCAUCCACAGUAUCUUGAUUUUUUAACUUGAUUAAGGUUAUUUACUCUUUUGCUCCAACACUUAACUGUAUUUCUCUGGUGUCUGUUCCAAGGCCUUGGUUGAUAGGAUCCUUGCUCUCCAAAUGUAUCUGUAAAUAAACAUGUAUUCUAUAUUGAUUAAUAAAUAAGGAUGUUAUGAUUAUA